GAAGGCAAAGUGCGAACGGUGGUGUAAGUUGUGAUAGUGUAGUCACAUUCAGUAUGUAUUUAUAGUUUUAAAACAGUGUACAAAAUGGUAUUAAAAUAUAUACUUGGUGUUACCAUACUUUGCAUUCAAACUUUGCACGCUACGAACACCUGUAAAUUGGAAGUUAACAUCGGUUGUAAAUAUACAAUUAUUUGUGAAAACUACGCCGGCAGCGCACCAAAUCCUUCUUGUGAAGAUCCCUACGUCACUUUUAUCAUUCAAAAUACAUUUAUCAACGGUCUAACAGCUGGUUUCUUUGGAUCCACUAACUUCGACUCAAGAGUGAGAGAAAUAAAAGCGGUCGGGAAUAAAUGGAUAUAUUUAGAAGAAUCAUGCCUAAGGUAUUACACCAAGACUCUGUCAUUGGACCUGUCUUACAACAAUGUGAAGUACGUAAAGAAUUUGACGUUCAAAAGCCUGGUGAAUUUACAACACUUGAAUCUAUCACACAACGCAAUUGAAGAUAUACUUCCGUACUCAUUGAUUCAAUACGAGAGUAGACAGACUGAACUGAGGGACAUUGAUCUAUCAUAUAACAAUAUUCGUACCAUUUCCAAUGAGGCUUUCCAAUACAUGAACAAUUUAAAAGAACUAUAUUUAGAUCACAAUGAAAUUGAAGUCUUAGGUGAUGAUAUAUUUGCGAGUUUGAGGAAUCUUUCCAUACUCUAUUUACAAUUUAAUAAGAUAUCCACGUUAUCUAUGUCACUUAUAAAUUUAUUGUCUUUAGAGUAUUUGGAUUUAUCGUACAAUAAUAUAAUCAAAGUCAAUGGUUUUGAACUUAAUAGAUUACAAAAACUUAUAAAAUUUAACAUGUCUUACAAUAGUCUGGAAAGUAUAGAAUCCAAUUGUUUCUCUCAAGCUCUUAAUCUUAAUUCAGUGGACUUGAGUAAUAAUAAAAUUAGAUCUGACUUGGAAAACGUCAUGUUCCUUAAUAAUGUUAAAUUGCAAUAUCUCAAUUUCGAGAAUAAUAAUAUAACAAAAAUGCAAGAUGAUGUAUUCAAACAUACUAAUCUUAGCUAUGUUAAUUUGAAAGGUAAUAAUGUAAGCAUUUCAAUUACAAAAUCUACCUUUGCUGGUUUGGUAAACGUUACAGAAUUGAAUUUUUACAACCAAAGUAUAACGAGCUUGGAAGAAAAUGCAUUCUCUUCUAUGACGUCUCUGUUACAUUUAAAUUUAAGUGUGAAUAGAAUCAAUUCUAUAGACAAUUCAAGUUUUUCUAUAAACAACAAAUUACUGACUUUAGAUCUAUCUUACAACAAUAUAUCCCAGAUAGAUUUCUUACGAUAUUCAUUGCAAAAUUUAACCGAUUUGUUUUUAAACAAUAACAAACUAACUAUUCUAGCCAGUGGCCUAUUUUCAAAGCAAGUGAUAUUGAAAAGGUUGGACGUUACUAUGAAUAACAUUGUUUUUAUAGAGCCAUCAUCACUUCCGUUAAAGAAUUUGCAAUAUUUAAACAUUUCUGGGAAUUCAUUGAAGGGACCAGUAAAGAAAGACACAUUCAGUCCUGCUCAAUAUCUAAGAUUUUUGGACAUAUCUAAUUUUAAUUUGACUAAAAUAGAAAAGCAAGCAUUUGUUCAAAUGCCUGUCGUGACACGAAUAAAUAUAUCCCAUAAUGCAAUAAGUGACAUAGAUCCUGAUAAUUUUAAUGGAACAAAUAAUUUAUAUAGCUUGGACAUAUCUUACAAUAAUUUAACUAAUUUCGACGUGAAGAGUAACAGUUUGUGGUCUCUUAAAGCUGUUUAUUUGAAUAACAAUAAACUUAGAUAUCUUCCGAGUGUUAAUUUAUCCGAUAUUUUAUAUUUUGAUCUUUCUAAUAACUUUAUUUCUAAUAUAUCAGUGCCGAUUAUUCAAACGUACCGCAACCUAAAGUCUCUACACUUGUCGAAUAAUAUGAUAAAAAGUUUCAAUAAUGAAUUUACAAAUUCUUUAACAGAUUUGUACAAUUUAAAAUUAUCAUCCAACGAUAUAUCUUCAGUAAACCUCAGUUAUUUCAAACAAUUGAUUAGUUUAGAUAUCAGUAAUAAUUCUAUAUCUUCAUUCAACAGUAUCUUUUUCUCGGAAUUAGAUUAUUUACAAUCAUUGGAUGUAAGCAAUAAUAAAAUUUCCUCCUUGCCACCGGGCAUAUUUAAAAAUUUGAAAAUUCUCAAACUGUUAAACAUGUCGGCAAAUAGUUUAAGCAACAUUCGUUACGGAAGUCUCAAUGGACUGCAUAGGACUGAACUUCUUGAUUUGUCCAAAAAUAACAUAACUGAGUUGGACGAGCACGUUUUUCACGAAUGUACGGAAUUGCGAAAAAUAAUACUAGAUUAUAACCAUAUCAGUAAGCUAGAUAUGGAACAGCUAAUUUCUGUAACGCCUAAAUUGAAAUCAAUCAGUAUAGGAGGAAAUCCUAUUGCCUGUAAGGAGAUAGUGAGGCAUAUAAAAAACGCAAACAAAACAAUAUGGCAGGUGGAAGUCACAUCAAUUGACAAAAUAUUCCAUGAAGAUAAUGUUCAUGGUAUACGAUGUGGCGAUAUUGACAAUGAAUCUAAAUCAGCGCCGAAAGCAGAUAUAGUUAGUUCAUCUGACUCAUCUUCGACUGCUCUUUUAAUCUCGUGUUCAGUACUUACUCUAUUAGUAUGUGCUGGUGUGGGAUUAUAUUGUUAUAAACAACAUCGUACUUCAUCUCGAUCGUUUGGUGAAUCAAGAUUGCAGAUGCGACAGUCUCUGGAUAUAAGUGGCUCAGAUUUUCAAAGUGAUCUAUUGAGUUAGUUGUUUGUGGUAUUAAUUUAAAGAAUUGUAAGAAUGAUGAAUUUAAAUUAGGGGCUGAUAUUGUAGACUGAAAAAUAAGGAUUAUGUCAAAUUUUAAUUUAAUUUUCGUACUAGUUUCCUGUUUGACUAAUCCAAAUAAAUCAUUGCAUUGUAAAAAAUAUACCAUGCAUC